GGUCAUCUCUGACGGUCCUGUUAUUGUAGCAACGGUAACUCAGGGGGGCGUGGUUUAGUACGGGCUUGUGACCGCGAGACGCUGCGAGAUUUGCAGUAGCCAGAGUGAGUCCACACACAACAGAGCGAGCAGCCACAGAGGAGAGCUGCUGGAUUUCAGAGACAAAGAGAGGAAUGGAGGACCAGACCUCCGACCAGAACCCGGAGCAGCGGAGCAACAAGGUCCCCAGAAGACAAGCAGCAGGCUCGGACUCUGAUACCACCGAUGUUCAGAAACGGAGAGGAAAAGAGGGCCCUGGACGUCACUGCUGUCAGCACUGUGACAAAUCCUACACAACAUCAAAUUAUUUAAAGGUUCAUCAGAGAGUUCACACUGGAGAGAAACCGUACAGCUGUGACCAAUGUGGGGCAGCUUUCAUACAACUGAGUAACCUCAAAAAACACCAACGCAUUCACACUGGAGAGAAGCCGUACAGCUGUGACCAAUGUGGGGCAACUUUCGCACAACGGAGUAACCUCAAAAAACACCUACCCAUUCACACUGGAGAGAAAGCGUACAGCUGUGAUCAAUGUGGGAGAGCUUUCAGUCACCAAAUGUCUCUAAGAAUACAUCAGCGCAUUCACAUUGGAGAGAAGCCGUAUAGCUGUGAUCAAUGUGGGGCAGCGUUUGGCUGUCAAAGUACGCUAGUAACACACAGACGCGUUCACACUGGAGAGAAGCCUUACUGGUGUGAACAAUGUGGGAAAAGCUUUGCUAUAAGUGGUAGCCUUAAAUCUCACCAGCGCAUUCACACUGGAGAGAAGCCGUAUUGGUGUGAGCAAUGUGGGAAAACUUUUUCUAGGAGUUAUGCCCUUAAAUCUCACCAGCGCGUUCACACUGGAGAGAAGCCGUAUUGUUGUGAACAAUGUGGGAAAACUUUUUCUCAGAGUCGUACCCUUAAAUCUCACCAGUGCAGUCACACUGCCUCGUUGUGAACAUGUUUCAGAGACAAUCUGUUUCCUCCUGACUCCUCCUCAUACCCUGAUAGCUGUGCUGUUAUAUUCUGAUCUUCUCUCCACAUUGAAGGCUGACCAGCAGUAACUUUAUGUUCAGAGCUUUGCUAUGACUACAUACUGGCCUGCCCCCACCUCCCCAAAAUCCUGCUGUCGUCACACACUAUGUGCACAUGUUCACACAUCUCUGCUUGGAAGAAGUGGGUCAGAGGCCGGGAAGCUCUUUUUGAUUUAGUGUGUUUUAUGAUUCCUGAUCAAUUUGGAUGUUUUAUUCAUGAAUUUUUGCCAAAGAAGGUUUCCACGUUUUGGUUCUAAUUUUAUCUCCUGUAUCUGCCCGUUAUAUACUUCCCCAAAAGCAUCAGUGAUAACUUACAAUGUAGCUUCCCAAUUUUUCCCUCUGUCUGGGGUACCAGACUUGAAUGAUGAGAUGUAUUAUUAAUUCAGAAAUUAAAAGUUUUCUUUCUGUGAAUAACAAUCUCAAAACUUUCUCAUUCAUUCUGGAGCGGCAGGUUUACUCUGGAGAGUCAUUUAAGGCAGGGUUGGUAAUAUUGAAAAGCUAGCAAGAUUUUAAAGUAGCUCCUCAGAGUUCACCCCACACACAGACGUGCACAAGACUUUUCCUGGAAACAACCAACAACAACCCUCACGAAAAACAAAAUAAAUCGUACCGGUCCAACAGAAAGAUGGCGUCAUUCUUCAUGGCUUUCAGCUCCCUCAGCUGUCGCCAUGGCUGAAAAGCUACGCCAAUGUUUACUCUAGUUCACAUGUGUCAAACUCCAAGGCCCGCGGAGCAAAUCCGGCCCCUCGCACAUUUUGAUACGGCCCGCAUAUUAAUUUAGGUUCAUAAUUCAUUUUGGCCCAACUACUUUUUGUUGCUUUAUCCAAAGUUUUGGUCACUUUUGCCAACGCUUUUGGGGCUUUUUUCAACAUUUUUUCCACUUUUUCAGAUGUUUUUGUCGCAUUUUUCUUACGUUUUUCCCCCCGAUAUUUUUGUGUCACUUUUUUCUUUGAUGGCUAUAAGUUAAAUUUCUUGGGGUUUUAUGUCUACCAAGCUGUAAGUGAGAAGACUAUAUGAUACAUGCAAUAAUACAGAUGUUUGACCUUGUUCAAUUAAAUAAAAGCAUGUCAAUAAAAUGUA